AUGAAAAAUUAUAUUUGUUUUAUGUUCAUACAACUUACAUUCACAGUUAAUUUGGAAUCUGCCAAGUCCCCCGAUGUAAAAAUAUAUUCAACUUCUCCAAUUGGUCCGUACCACGUGGUCUUCAAAGAUAUUUAUAGUUGCAAUCCUAUGAAGAAUAGUAAAAUCCAGAUAAGCUGGUAUCUAAGUCACAAGGGCAAUAAAACAAUAAUUCUUGGAAAUUCAACCGGUGUUAUUCCAUUUGAUGACACUUUAUUUUUGGAUAUUAAAUUGGCUCUCAAAGAUGCUUUCGGAAAAUGGAGAGAAAAUUCGUUUAUGCAGAAAUGGCCAAGAGCAUGUUCAACUUUCAAACAAAUAAUGGGAAAUGCGUGGCCUGUAUUUUCGAAAGCCUUAGGACUUAUUAAUACCAAUUGUCCUAUACCUCCGGGUUUUUACACAGCUUCGGGGGUGGAUACUUCAAUAUUCAAGAACUCCAAUUUACCAAAAACAUUUUUGUAUGGGACAUACAAAUUUUACAUUUAUUUUUCACGAAAGAAUGAAAUAUUCGCAUGUCAAGUUUUCAUCUUAGAACUUAAACGGCCUUGA